GGGCAGGGGCGGGAAGGCAUAAAUUGGGGCACGGAAGCCCGCCAGCCCCAUCUUCCCGCAGGUCAGACAGAGAAGAAAGCCAGUGUUUUGCCUCCGCCGCCGAAACUCGCCUGGCGCGGAGGGGAUGCUGUGGCUGCUGCUCUUCCUGAGCGCGGCGCCGACUUUGGGAGGAGCCCAGCCGUUUAUUGUGUGUCAUGUAGAAAAUGGGCCUUCUCCUGAAUUGUGGAGGAAGCACAAUUUCACACCGUCAGAUCUUUCAAAUAUCAGUGCUGAGAUUGUUGAGAUGGAUGGGAUAUGCCAGCUUAAUAUCACAUGGAUUCUGAAGGCAGAUGCCAGUAUCUUGUAUCUGAAUGCCACCAAAAUAUGUGUGACACCUGGAAGACCAUACUGUGUUAGAUGCCAUUACAUAGGAAAGUUUCAAAACCAAACCAGACCUGAUCUUCAGAAUUGGCAAUUUCACUAUGUUGGAUUUCCUGUAGAAGAGAAUAAACAAUACAUUAUUUCUGCUUAUAAUCUACCGCCAGCAAAUUUAAAUGAAGAUCAUCCAACAAAAAAAGCAUACCUACGUUCUCCAGAUUGUCAAAAUGACAUUUUGAAACAUUGCAACUCCUGCAUAGAAAAAGGAAGUUUGUGGGACCCAAAUAUAACUAUAUGCUACAGAGAAUCAGAAGUGGAAGUGAAUUUUACAGCUAGUCGCUUUUGUCCUGAAUAUAAAAUCCUCCUUUAUGAAUCUGAUAUAUUCAGUGAUCCCACAGUACUUGAUGUGUUUACAUCUAAGGGGAAUGAUACGAGGAUUUCUAAAAGAAUGCCAGUGAAUGAUCAAAGGAGCAAAAUCUUUAUAGAUUUAAUUCCUUUUUUUCCAAGAUGUCGAGGUAACUGCCGAAGACACUCAGAGUAUCAAGAACAAUGUACUAGAUCAGAUGAACCUGAAAUAGCUUUGCCAGGCAAAUAUGUUUGCAUAUCAGUGGCUUUACUUCUGAUCAUAUGCACAUUUGCAGCUGUACUGUAUUUCAAAAGGAAGCAUGGUACAGCCAAAAACUGGAUUUUUUUCUAUCAUAAGGUGAAACCAAUACCUAUCAGAAUCCUUAUUGUAUAUUCCCUGGAUGCUUGUUUCCAACAUAUAGUCCUUGUGUUUGCUGAAUUUCUUCAUGAACGUUGCCGGAGCGAUGUCGUAAUAGAUGUAUGGCAAAGAAGGAAAAUUGCUGAAACAGGACCAGUGCAGUGGCUUGCUUCUCAGAAAGAGAUGGCGGAUAAAAUCAUUUUUCUCAGCCAAAGCCAUAUGAGUACAGUUUGCGAUUCAGUUUGCGAAAAAACAAUUGAAAACAACAAAAACUCCGAAUGUAUGUUCACUCUUGCACUGAACCUCUUCUGCAGUGACUUGAAAAAUCAAUCUUCUCUUCACAAAUAUAUGGUUGUGUCUUUUAAUGAAACACAUCAGGCUAAGUGUAUCCCAAGUCUUUUGAACAGUUGUCCAAAAUAUUUUCUAAUGAAAGAUAUUGACUCCUUUUGCAGAGACCUCUCCCUUUCGCAGCAUGAGGGAACAAAGACAAAGUGCAGUUGGAGAUCUAAGAUGAAAUUCUCGAGUCUAUAAUAUCAUACUUGAAGCAAAUUACUAAUAUAGGACUAUGUCCAGGGCAAGAGGAAUCAUGCAGCCCCCAGAUGUUGCUGUAUUACACUUCACAUCAGCUUUAAUAAUGAGGAAUGCUGGGACUUGCAAUUUCAAUAUUUGGAGGGCUGCAUGACUAUAGGACCAAGGCUGUAGCCACACUGCAGAAUUAUCAAUCUGAUACCACAUUAAGUACCAAGGCUCAGUGCUAUGGAAUUCUGUGCUUUAAUCAUUCACACUGAUUAAAAGUCCAGGUUUUGUUCCUAUUCUUUCUGGGUUUUUUUUUUUUUUGGAGAAGCAUACAUUUGACUUAUCCCAGACUAUUUUCAGCCCAUGAAGAUCUGAAGUUCUGGGGGAAAAUGCUACUUUGAAAUAGCAAUCCCAAGAUAUCUCAAGAAAUGUUUAGAAGUUGGAAGAGAGAUCUGCAGCUACAACUGAAACAAAAAGUCCUGGAAGGUAACAGAACUUUCAGCCAGUGUGGAUAGGCCUUCAAAGCACUAAUUGCUUGGGUCAAAUGAGUCAUUCUUCCUAAACUGAUGGAAACAAUGUCCUUUUCUAAUGAUGCCUACGGGAAGAAUGGUUUUGUUUGUGUCUGUGUGUAAACUGUGUGUAGGUUUUUUCCUGUGCCUGCACUUAAAUUAGGGAACUCUUACAUCAGGACUAUCUGACUAUCUCAAAAACUAAGAUUUGUUUUAAAAAAUUAAGCUUGUAUUCCACUUUUCAAUAUCUGUAUAUCUUGUCUUUAGAUUUGUUGCUCCUUUUGUUUCUUAAAAAUUGCUUUUACCAUUUUCUGUAUUAUAUUUGGAGAUCUGUUUUAAAACUGUUAUAAGCAACUUCGAAUGCUGUUUACAUAGUGGAAGGAUAACACACACAUUAUCUAAAAUAAAAAGAAGUGCUAUUGCUAUUUUUAAGAACAGUUUUGGUGUUUCUAUUUUACUGUUUUUAUCCUGCUGCUGGAAGAUUUCAAAACACUGACUACAAUUUCUGAAAAGAAACAGUAGUACAUAUACUUAUUACUUGUUGAUAUCACAAUAUUACAGAACUUUUUAUGGAUUUUGUUGUUGUUGCUACCAGUGUAAACCUGUAAAAUAGUUUCAAUGAUUAAACACUGCAAAUAUUGAUUUAGCAGCAAGUUAAGCCUGAUAGAUGACCUGUUUCUAAGUUGUUCUUCAAGCCAGAUAUUCAAGAUGUACAAAUCUCUUAAACAUAUUUUGCUGUGUUUUCAGUCUUGUGCCCUCUGUGCCACCAAACAUAGAGAAAUCAAGGAUUGCUAUAGAAGUAGCAGUAAACGUCGGUUCCAUUUUUGUUGGUGCUUAUGGCACUCUUUUCCAGGAAGCCAGCAAGCUCAAUCUGUUAUUUGAAAGCUAAUUUUGCUAAGCUACUUAAUCAUAGUAUGAUAUUUCAGUAAGAAAAGAGGUUUUUCAUAUAUGUAUUUUUAAAAAUUGGUACAUGAAAAAAUAAUAUUGUAGAAUGGAUGGAAAAUGGAUCUGUUUGAAUUAAAGAUCAAUCAACAGACUUGUUAAAAAGAAACUAUAAAAUGUAUAUACAUAUCUGGCAACUGUUUACAGAUUAUGUGAAAAAGGAAACGAGAUAUUGUAACUAUAGGCUUUUUUUUACUGGAAGGGAAGAUGGCAAACAUAAUAGACAUAGUUUAAAGAAGAGGAAUAUUGUAUAUGCAUACUUCAGUCAAUUUUAAUGAGUGAUAGGGAUAAGAAUAGUGUACUGUUUUUGUCUAUUUUUUACAAUUAAAAUGUAUCAAUAAUGUAUUUUAAAAAGAAAAAUAAUAUUGAUAUUUGUUUGAGUAGUGUGGAGACUUGAGUAUCUUAGUUAACCAAAGUUCUGGAAGUUGCAGCUAUUGCAAAUAAGCAUUCCUGCAACAGUCAACAAGAGACCCAUAUAUGACAGAUGACUUGCUGCUGAAUGUUUCUUCAAGUCAAUCCAGCAAAGAGAUAUCAAAAAACUACAAAUGCCUCAAAAAGGAUUAUGUAAAAAAUGUAUUUUUCUUUUGCUAAAAAGUAACAUUGGACUCUAUGGAAAAAUAAAGAUGGGUUUGGCAGUCAA